GAGCCCUUUGCCGGCACUCCCAUGAGCCCGGAGUUUGAGGCUUGGUGCAAGGAGCAGAUGGUGAGGCUGCAGGGGCAGGACGACCUGACGCUGGUGCGCUUCCUGCUGAGCUGCUCAUCCACGGGCGAGGUGGCCGAGUACAUCACUGCCUACCUGGGCAAGUCCGCCGACGUCUCCAAGUUCACCUCGGAGUUCCUGCGCCGCAAGUACGCCGAGGCCGCCGGCAAGAAGGUGAAGAAGGGAAGUGAGGCGGCAUCCGCAGCGCCCAAGGCGCAUCCAGGAGUGACAGCGGCUGGCGCGGGCGGCGGCGUGCCAUCCGCUACAGGCUGGCAGAAGCUGCCGGCCAAGGGCAAGAAGAAGAAGGACAAGGGGCGCAAAAUGGAGGCGGGCCUGCUGGGUUUUGAGACGGGAGUCAAGUAUGACCUGCUGGAGCGCGGCGACUCUUGAGAACAUAUGUCAGUUUGGUGACGGCACUGUCUCCCUGUGAGAAGACAGUCUUCUCUGUGCCCUUCGUUUGCAUAAAUUCAGAUGGAGUGCAUGUAUCAGUAGCAGAGUGAGCUCUAUUUAGUGGACUGCAUCAAGGCCAAGGGACGGGGCGCGUGAAGUAUUCUGCUUUGCUGAUCACACACGAGGAGGGAAGUGUCCUUCCUGUUGUGGUUUUAAUUGCCAUGCAAUUUAAUUGGGAUUUAUC